AUGGCGGUCGAAAAGAAGAUCGCUUAUGAUCAGAAACUGUGCCAGCUUCUUGAUCAGUACACCCAGGUCCUCAUCGCCGCGGCCGACAAUGUCGGAUCGAACCAGUUGCAGAAUAUUAGGCAGGGACUUCGUGGAGACUCUAUCGUGCUGAUGGGGAAAAAUACUAUGAUGAAGAGGUCCAUCAGGAUCCAUUCUGAGAAGACCGGCAACAAGGCCUACCUCAACCUUAUUCCUCUGAGGCUGCCCUGCUUGCAAAACUUGGGAUAA